AUGACGGAGCAAAAGGCCCUAGUAAAGCGUAUUACAAAUGAAACCAAGAUUCAGAUCGCGAUCUCUUUAAAGGGUGGUCCUCUAGCGCUGGAACACUCGAUCUUCCCAGAAAAGGAGGAAGAAGCAGUCGCGGAACAGGCUACGCAAUCGCAAGUGAUUAACAUCCACACGGGUGUGGGGUUUCUGGACCAUAUGAUACAUGCUUUGGCCAAGCAUUCCGGCUGGUCACUAAUCGUUGAAUGUAUCGGUGACUUGCACAUAGACGACCACCACACCACUGAAGACUGCGGGAUUGCCCUCGGUCAGGUCUUCAAAGAGGCCCUAGGGGCCGUGCGUGGUGUGAAACGGUUUGGUUCAGGAUUCGCACCUUUGGAUGAGGCACUUUCCAGAGCGGUGGUAGAUCUUUCGAACAGGCCGUACGCAGUCGUCGAACUUGGUUUGCAAAGAGAGAAGGUUGGAGACCUCUCUUGCGAGAUGAUCCCGCAUUUCCUGGAAAGCUUUGCAGAGGCGAGCAGAAUCACCCUACACGUUGAUUGUCUGCGAGGCAAGAAUGAUCACCACCGCAGUGAGAGCGCGUUCAAGGCCCUUGCGGUAGCCAUCAGAGAAGCCACCUCUCCCAAUGGUACAAACGAUGUGCCUUCCACCAAAGGUGUUCUUAUGUAG